CGCGGAUCUCCGGCUGCUCUUGGGGGACGGCGGCCGAGCUGCAGCGCCGGCAAGAGUUCAGCGGGUAAAAUACAAAGAGGCCACAACAGAAGAGAGCCCUUGGCCCUCUCCCGUAAACAGUCCCCUCCAGGGUCGCCGCCCUCUCUCUCGCACCGCGCGUGGUGCUGCCUGGUGCCCGAAGCCGCUCGGACUGCGAUGUGACUGCGAGACCGCCGAAGGAAGGAUAACCGGGGACAAGAGGGUCUCCGGUGGGAGCCCCCGAGGGCCAAGUUUGUGGCUACUUUUGCACGCGCCCUCCCGUAGCCCUCGCCCACCCCUUCCAGCAGCCCAGCUGUCCCGGCUGUCCGUACCCGCCUCGUGUGCCCAGCAGCCGCGGUUCCCGGCCACCAUGGUGACGGUGGAGGAGCUGCGGGAGAUGGACUGCAGCGUGCUCAAAAGGCUGAUGAACCGGGACGAGAACGGCGGCGGCGGCGGCGCCCUGGGGCUCCUGAGCGGCGGCAAGUGCCUGCUGCUGGACUGCAGACCGUUCCUGGCGCACAGCGCGGGCUACAUCCGAGGCUCGGUCAAUGUGCGUUGCAACACCAUCGUGCGUCGGCGGGCCAAAGGCUCCGUGAGCCUGGAGCAGAUCCUGCCGGCCGAGGAGGAGGUGCGCGCCCGCCUGCGGUCCGGCCUCUACUCGGCCGUCAUCGUCUACGACGAGCGCAGCCCGCGCGCCGAGAGCCUCCGCGAGGACAGCACCGUGUCGCUGGUGGUGCAGGCUCUGCGCCGCCACGCCGAGCGCACCGACAUCUGCCUGCUCAAAGGUGGCUAUGAGAGGUUUUCCUCCGAGUAUCCAGAAUUCUGUUCCAAAACCAAGGCCCUGGCAGCCAUCCCGCCCGUGGCACCGCCCAGCACGGCCGAAUCCUUGGACCUGGGCUGCAGCUCCUGUGGAACCCCACUGCACGACCAGGGGGGUCCGGUGGAGAUCCUCCCCUUCCUCUACCUCGGCAGUGCCUAUCAUGCCGCCCGGAGAGACAUGCUGGAUGCCCUGGGGAUCACGGCCCUAUUGAACGUCUCCUCUGACUGCCCCAACCACUUUGAAGGACACUAUCAAUACAAAUGCAUCCCGGUGGAAGACAACCACAAGGCCGACAUCAGCUCCUGGUUCAUGGAAGCCAUCGAGUACAUUGACGCCGUGCAGGACUGCCGCGGGCGCGUGCUGGUGCACUGCCAGGCGGGCAUCUCGCGCUCGGCCACCAUCUGCCUGGCCUACCUGAUGAUGAAGAAGCGCGUGAGGCUGGAGGAGGCCUUCGAGUUCGUCAAGCAGCGGCGGAGCAUCAUCUCGCCCAACUUCAGCUUCAUGGGGCAGCUGCUGCAGUUCGAGUCGCAGGUGCUGGCCACGUCCUGCGCCGUGGAGGCCGCCAGCCCGUCGGGGCCCCUGCGCGAGCGCGGCAAGGCCACCCCCACGCCCACCUCGCAGUUCGUCUUCAGCUUCCCGGUGUCGGUGGGCGUGCACGCCGCGCCCAGCAGCCUGCCCUACCUGCACAGCCCCAUCACCACCUCCCCCAGCUGUUAGGGCGCUCGGGAGCCCCCCG